UACAAAACAUAUAAAGUGUAAGCUUAGCUUAAGUAUUUUUAGUUGUAGCAACAUAAUUUGUAGUUGCCUUAUGUUUGCAUCUGGCAACUCUCUCUCUUCUUCCGCGAUCCAACCCGACGACAUUGUACGCGACCACUUAGUGUAACUUUAAUUGUUUAAAAAGUUAAUAAAACGUAAUUUAAAUUCAAAAAGCGCAUUUUGUUUUCUCCAUGCGCAAGUGGUCCUUCGAAAAAGUGAAAAAUUCGACCAGUGUUUCGAUAUUUCAGCAAAAGUGAGUUCGCGGCAAGUACGUCUGCGUGCUAGCCGGCCGUCUAUAACGGCUGGUAAAUUCGUCGUGGUUGUGCCUGGGCUGGCGCUGCUGGCCUGUAACUUCGUUCUAUCUAUAAUAGAACGAAAAUCGCACACGGAUGGGAGAGCAAAUCAUCAUCAAAAACCGCAAGUAACUCGGUAUAAGUCGAACUUUUCGACCACCGGCAUUCUCCAUUUUUCUAUACAAAGUGAAGUUUGUGCGAUCCGCAGCCAUCUUGCGGAACUUCGGAGCGGUUACUUGUCAUCUGUCAUUGGUGUCAUCUGUCACAUUGACAUUGACGUUCCAGACCAAAACAAAGUUUAUUAGUGUCUCGUGCGUUGUUUUUCAAGUGUUUGUGCAUUAAUUAUCAGUGAAAAAUGUCUACCGAAACGGAAACUUUAAAAAAACUACGAGUAAAGAGGUCUCAGUGUAAGGGAACAAUCACUAGAAUUGAGAAUUUUGUACAAGACCCCGUAAGUUUAGCUGCCGCGAGCGCCGACAUUCUUGAGGCGCGCAAGGAAAAGUUAAUUUCAACACUCAAAGAUUAUGAGAAGGUCCAGAUGGACAUACUAGGCAUCGAUGAAGGAGACAGCGAACAGGGCCACAACACAUUGCUGCACCAGGAGCGCAAUGUAAGUGUGGACAAGCCCACAAUUGUUGAUGUCAGCGCGCACCCACCAUCACCAGAUGCUGGGUUGCAUAAAAACUGAAAAUGGACCUGUAUUCCAGAAUACCAUGUUAGGGUAUAUUGUUGGAGGAAGUAUUCCUCAAAAAGGACACCACUGCGUGUUUAAUCCCUCGAGUCGCACCUCACACCAUCGUGUGGUCUUUGACGGGUCGAUGAGAUCUAGAAAUGGGACAUCGUUGAAUCAAGUCAUGCUGAAUGGGCCUGUUGUACAGAGUGAGCUUUUUGAUAUUCUUAUUUUGUUCAGGACUUAUCCAUAUAUUUUAACAUGUGACAUUCAAAAAAUGUUUCGCAAUGUUUUUAUAAAUGAACAUCAACGCGGACUUCAAAACAUUUUAUGGCGCGAUUCGCCUAAAGACCCUAUCAACUGCUUGCAGCUCCAGACUGUUACAUACGGCUUGAA